AUGUCAAAAAUGGAGCCGCCGUUCUUACUACUGUUUUUUGUGCUCUGCGCAAUCCUCGGCGUUACUGCAUACACUCCUUUAUCCGACGAUACGCUCAAGAAUCUGCCCGCCGGUGGCGCAGACUUUGAUAUCAAGACGGGUUCAAUACUAGCCCCAAUACUGGUUCCCCGAGUCCCAGGAACGCCAGGAAACCUCGCUGUGCAGCAGCAUUUGGUGAACUGGUUCAAGACGAACCUGCCGAAAUGGACCAUCGACUUCCAGAACUCGACGUCGACGACGCCGGCUACAGGCACGAAGCAGGUCCCGUUCACGAAUAUCAUUCUUACGCGCGAUCCGCCGUGGACGAAAGUGGGAGAUGUGGGGAGGCUGGCGCUGGUCGCGCAUUUCGAUUCGAAAUUGGCUCCGACGGGCUUUAUUGGGGCAACGGAUAGUGCUGCUCCUUGUGCAAUGAUCAUGCAUGCUGCGCGUAGUGUGGACGAGGCGUUGACGAAGAAGUGGGAUGCUAUGCAGGCGGAGGGUAUAAGUGAAAAUAAAGAAGAAAAGGGUCUGCAGAUUAUCCUUCUGGACGGAGAGGAGGCUUUCGUUUCCUGGACGAGCACCGAUUCUCUGUAUGGGUCUAGAUCUCUGGCUGCAGAAUGGGAAGCUACGCCGCAUGCUGCGAUGUCUACAUAUCACUCCGCGUUGAGUUCCAUUGCGCUUUUCCUCCUCCUCGACCUGCUGGGAGCAUCGGAUCCACGUGUGCCUUCAUACUUUAAAACCACACAUUGGGCAUACCAAAAUCUGGCCAAGAUUGAGUCACGUCUUCGUGGCCUGAGCGUUCAGAAAUCAAGCGCAAAGAACCCAUUCCUCCCAGAUGCUACGAAGAAACCUGACCAGUUCAGACAAGCAUACGGCGUGGAAGAUGACCACAUUCCAUUUAUGGCCCGUGGCGUUGAGGUGCUCCACAUCAUACCCGCCCCGUUCCCAAAAGUGUGGCACACAAUGGACGACGAUGGAGAGCAUCUCGACAUGGACACGGUGGAAGAUUGGACGCGGAUGGUGACGGCUUUUGUCGGAGAGUGGAUGGAUUUGGAGGGAUACUUUCCUGCACCGACAGGGCAGGCACAGAAGGUUAAAGAGAAGCGGAAGACUGAGCUGUGA